GAGCCCCCGCCCCCCUUCGCAGAGGCCUACAGCUGGGGUUGCGGGGGGAAUUGGAACUGAGCUCGAGGUCGGGGGAGGCGGCUUGUUAAAUCCGCCCCCUCCUCAUACCCAACUUCCGAGGGGGAAGCGGUAGAGGGGAGGUUGGGGUUGGACCAGCGGCGAGGGGGCCCCUCCCUUGCACCUCCCCCCACCGGACUUGGUCGCGUCCGAAGUGUAACACUUUCUCUUUGUCGGAGGAGCUCCUCUCUUUCCUGUGCUGUAGCUCCCGUUGCGUCGGCGCCCGUGGCAGCCCUGGCGGACCCAGGAGCGAUGGCAGCGACCGAUAUAGCUCGCCAGGUGGGUGAAGGUUGCCGAACUGUCCCCCUGGCUGGACAUGUGGGGUUUGACAGCUUGCCUGACCAGCUGGUGAAUAAGUCAGUCAGCCAGGGCUUCUGCUUCAACAUCCUGUGCGUGGGAGAGACUGGUUUGGGCAAGUCCACCCUCAUGGACACCCUGUUCAACACAAAGUUUGAAGGGGAGCCAGCCACCCACACACAGCCAGGUGUCCAGCUUCGGUCCAAUACCUAUGACCUCCAAGAGAGCAAUGUGGGGCUAAAGCUCACGAUCGUUAGCACGGUGGGCUUUGGGGACCAGAUCAACAAGGAGGACAGCUAUAAGCCCAUCGUGGAAUUCAUCGAUGCGCAAUUUGAGGCCUACCUGCAGGAGGAGCUGAAGAUCCGAAGAGUGCUGCACACCUACCAUGACUCCCGAAUCCACGCCUGCUUGUAUUUCAUCGCCCCAACGGGUCAUUCCCUGAAGUCUCUGGACCUAGUGACAAUGAAGAAGCUUGACAGUAAGGUGAACAUCAUCCCCAUCAUUGCCAAAUCAGAUACCAUUUCUAAGAGUGAGCUAACGAAGUUCAAAAUCAAAAUCACCAGCGAGCUUGUCAGCAACGGGGUCCAGAUCUAUCAGUUCCCUACAGAUGACGAGUCGGUGGCAGAGAUCAACGGAACCAUGAAUGCUCACCUGCCGUUUGCUGUCAUUGGCAGCACAGAAGAAGUGAAGAUAGGCAACAAGAUGAUGAAGGCACGGCAGUAUCCUUGGGGCACUGUGCAGGUUGAAAACGAGGCCCACUGCGACUUUGUGAAGCUGCGGGAGAUGCUGAUUCGGGUCAACAUGGAGGAUCUGCGGGAGCAGACCCACACCCGGCACUAUGAGCUGUACCGCCGCUGUAAGCUGGAGGAGAUGGGCUUCAAGGACACGGACCCUGACAACAAACCAUUCAGCUUGCAGGAGACAUAUGAGGCCAAAAGGAAUGAGUUCCUAGGGGAGCUCCAGAAAAAAGAAGAGGAGAUGAGACAGAUGUUCGUCCAGAGAGUCAAAGAGAAAGAAGCAGAACUCAAAGAGGCAGAGAAAGAGCUGCAUGAGAAGUUUGAUCGCCUGAAGAAACUGCACCAGGAUGAGAAGAAGAAGCUGGAGGAUAAGAAGAAAUCUCUGGACGAUGAAGUAAAUGCUUUUAAACAGAGAAAGACAGCAGCCGAGCUGCUCCAGUCCCAGGGUCCCCAGGCUGGAGGCUCACAGACUCUGAAGAGAGACAAAGAAAAGAAAAACUUUUUUUAAUCUUGUCUUCAGCAACUGCACUAAGUCUAAAGGAGAAGACUGCCAUUAUAGAAGAGUUAGGGUUCCAUAUUGUCUCAAACCAGAAAUCAUCCAAUUCCCUCUCCCCUCAAACUGCGUGCACACACACACAAACCACUCAACAAGUGUUCAUGUGUCCCUGUGUCCAGGCAAGAAGCUCUCUUCUGACUUACAUGGUAUUUUAAAUGGAAAUGUCUUGUCCUAAACUAACGAGGCAGGAAAAGAACCACCAGAGCUGGAAAAUGGACCAAAUGUAACCUCAAAGAGACAACUACAGGACCACUCACCCAAGUGUAAGUGACUGGGGCAGGAUACCCCAGCUGGGUGUGGAAGUGCUAUUCACAACUUUUUGUUUGAGUUUUAUGUUUUUCUUUUUAAACAACAGUUCUCUUGUUCAAUGGGUUGACUGUCUAAGGCCACCAUUAAACUUUUCUAAAUAUGGAGGAGUAAGUCAAAUGACAUUCGUAUCUUCUUCAGCAUUCACAGACCUUCUGCAGACCCCAGCGAGGGGGAAAAAUGGAUCCACUAACAUUCAGGUGGAGAAGGGAGAGAAUAAAAGGGGGUUUAAACUUAGUUAGAGCAAAAUUACGCCAUUCAACUUCCCAAGGCCAGUUGGGGUUUUGAGAGGUUUCUGCUUAACCUGGGAUCUGGAGGGAGAGCUUUGUUGUUGAUAAAUCUGCCUUGAAUUCAUUGGUUUAACUUGCAUCAAAAUACCAUGUGAGUGUGCUCAUUACCAUAUAUCCCUACCACCAUCACCACCAUUCUGCUGUCCAGUGUCUCUUGAGAGAGCCUCUUUGCAUGUUUUCCAGAAUCUAUUUGUUUUUCCUUUCUUCUCCUUUGUUCUUUUUGCUCAAAGGUGUGACCAGUCACUGCCCCUCUGGGGCUUUCAUUCUCCAGGAGAAACAUCCCAGAACCAGCAAUGUUUAGCUUGAUGCCUUUCUAAUGUCCAUGUCAAUUUUCAAUAAAAUUCAAAGAAAUGCUAAA